CUGUGCAGUCCUUGCUCCUAGCUGCUGGCGUGUUGCAAAUGGCGCGGACGCAGCUUCUCAGGCGCCUGCUUCCAUUUCCGGGUACCUCCAGCCUUCUUCCUAAGACGACAAGCGCACUUCCAUCGGGCAUCAACAGCUGCAGCUUUACAGCGAUCAGCAGCAAGGAUGAUGACGAGCAACGUGCUGGAAGUUCUAUUUCACCGGGCUCCUCGCUUUUGCAGCUUGCAAAUUUCGUCAACCGGCCAUUGCCUGUUGGUCUCGGAAGCUCAGCUGGGAGUUUUGCAGCUGCACCUAUCCUGACUAUGGCUGGCCGGAGACGUGUGGGCGCGCUGAGCAGCCUACGGCGUCCACUGGUACCGGUGCCGGGCAUGGGCACCGCAGCACCGGUUCGCUCAUACUACACGGAAGGAGAGAUAUUUGGAACUACUUUUAUGUACACAACCAAUAUGAUGUUCUGGGCAGGCAUCGUGGGUGCCGUGGCGUUCAGGCGGAAUCUCAUUAUCCUUUUGCUCAGUGCUGAGACCGUCAUGUUGGCGUGCAACAUGAACUUCCUCUUCACAGCGGCAUAUCUGAACGACAUCACCGGAGCUAUUAUGUCGAUUACGAUUACCACCAUUGCCGCUUGCGAGACGGCAAUCGGGCUGGCGCUGUGCGUGGCGUACUUCCACAUGCGCUCAGCGACAGACGUAGAGGCCCUAAACCUGCUCAAGUGAGGAGCAUGAUUGGGCUCUAUAGGUGGGAAGACUUGCUCGCGCGGAGCGGGAGUACUGUCCAGCUGGGUUUCGAUCUGAUGCAGGAAAGGCGUUGGGCUACAGAGCCCGUGCCGCAUUCCCCUCUGGGAUGCUCGGUCGCAUAGAGGAACGGGACUUUUGGGUUCAUGUUAUGCGGGGUAAUAUUGCGUGGAUCUAUGGUGUGCCGGCGCUGCACUGCACCCGGAGUUUGACUACCAGGGAUGUGACAGGGACAGGUGGUGUAGCAAAAGCCAAGUUGCAGUGCUUCCGUUGCGGGCGCGGCGCCUAUGGCAGCAGCUCAAUCAAGUUUAAUGAGAACAGGACAUGGCCGGGACCUGGGGUUACCCCUUCUAUUGCUGAGGGCGCCGUAUGUGAUGGGCACAGGGGCUGUUUCUGGCUCCUUCCUACCAGUGUUUCCUCUUGGAUUGGAGUAAUCCUGGACAUGCAAAGUGUGGGUUGCCAAUAGCAAAGGUCGAAACCCUAACUUGCUGCUUCGUGGGACGUGGUGCAAUUUGUUUUAUCUCUCGGCAUUUAGGCUGGGCGUGUAAGGAUUGCUUCCGGCUAGUGGUUGUCUUGUCUGUGUACCCUCGUACACUCUUUACGGACAUUAGCGCACACACGCGUGCACAUCCGGCUUGAAUGCCACGUUUCGCAAAAAGCUGCAUGCAUCCCACGACUUUUUCCAUGCCGCUACAAGCUGUGCUUGGCACAGCUCUGGGUGCCGUAAUCUGAAAUGCGCUAUCGGGCCGCACAACGGCGGUUUGCAUUGCCUUGAGUUCGUGGAGUCCGGCUUGGCUCAUUUUGCUUCCUUGGGUGUAAUGGAAAUGGCGUGGUCGUGGGCAGCACAUGUGCGGGUCGUCGCGCCUUGGAUGGCCAUCAAGCUUACAGCACCUAUGCGGUUCUUGCUUUCAAUCGAGCAACCUUUCAAAUGCUUAGUGCGCUGCAUUUGAAACGAGACACGCAGCACAACCAAGUGCUGUGAUUUGCGUCCGAGUAAAGACUUUCUGUUCAGAGAGCUAUGCACUUGCGAGCUGUCAUUUUCCCGCGUUUUGCAGCACUUGUCCAUCAGGUGCUGCUGACGUAAUUCCUGGUAUAAGCGGCGUCACAAUGGAUCGUGGUUGUGGGGGCCGAAACGUACGUUGCUGGCCAGUACGGCUGAUACAACAAUCUUCUGAGUCAAGAAUCUGAACGAUCACCGCUGCUAACCACACCAAGCAUUAUCCAAAAACACUGUGCAUGUCAAGUCUGUUGUAUUCAUGGCCUCGGG